GGUUUUUUUUGCGCCACAUGACGUAUAAGAUAACUUCCUCGGUAAAUACUGUAAACAAAUCAACGAAUACUUUUUGGUUGCGACGUAUCUUGAACAGUGGCCUUGCUAGUUGAUGUUUGGAAAUUACGUUAACGGCACACAUUUUUGGUGUAAGCUCAAAGCGUCAGAGGAGACAAGAAGGAGGGAAGCGUAGUAAAAAGCGCAGCGUGUCACACGUUUGUUUAGUUGAAUGCUCGCGACUAGUGAAAGCGGAAUAUCUACACAGCGGUAGACAGACCCUUUCUCAUGCAUUUGAGUUGAUCACGCUUCUCUUCUGGUGACAAUACUACAACUGCGUUUGUCUUGAAGAAAUCAUUAAUAUUUAGGUGAGUCCAUUCUCGUAGUUACGCAUUUCGAAUGGCGCGAGCGCACGAGAACCCGUUCUGUUUUGAAACGUGCAUCUCUAAAUCGCUGCAAAGUCCUUUUACAGUGCUGCGGUGAUAUUCUUUGAAAAUCGAAAUGUUUGCUCGAAUAUGUAGGUGCGGUAAAUCAGGUAAGUGGCAAACGAACAGCUAGCCGCAUGCGUUGGUGUUAUUUUUCAGCUGCAAUGUGUGGUCCAUAAACUGAACUAAAAUCGCAAGGAUGUCUAUGCACAUGAUUAGGUAAAUUUUCAAAGAUAUUGCAUUUGUUGUCACAACAUUUACUUAAAAACUCUGAGUGACAACAUGGCGUAGUUAUCCAUUACCUCUCACCCCUGUUUACCCUCCCUCGUGCCUGUUGUGCCAUAUUUGGGGUAACUACAGUGGGCAGCCAAGCAAAGUAGGUCAGUUGGAUGUUUCCUUUUUUCCGGGUCUAUCACUAAAGCAGGACAGGGGAUGUCAAAUUUGGGCGAUAUUAUAAAAAAAACUAUGCACUGCGAGAUGGCCAAUAAUGUCAAGUCCAACAUGCUCAAAUGUCAAAGUAUUUAACCUGCUAUGAAGUUCAAGCAAAACCACUGGUUGUUGGUGUCGACGCCAUGCUUUUCUAACAUCAUAUAAAUGCAUGACUGUUUGUCAAUCCUGCUAUGUGCUUUUGUUGUUGUCGUCGUCAAAGCUGCUCAUAAGUUAUAGCCUUUGCUGUUUUGUUGUCAUGGUCAAAUUUAGACAUAACAGGAGGGGGGCAGGGGUUGUUAUCCUUGCUUGUUUGGUCUAUUUUUGUUUGUGUGUGGUUUUCAAAGACAUGGUGAAGCAGACCAAGGCCAAAACAUUCCAGGCCUAUCUGGACUCCUGUCACCGGCGCUACAGCUGUGUCCACUGCCGCGCGCACCUGGCCAAUCAUGAUGACCUCAUUUCUAAGUCCUUUCAGGGCAGUCAAGGACGUGCAUACCUGUUCAAUUCUGUGGUGAACAUAGGUUGUGGCCCAGCAGAAGAAAGGCUGCUACUGACUGGUCUUCAUGCGGUGGCUGAUAUUUACUGUGAGAAUUGCCACACCACACUGGGUUGGAAAUAUGAGCAGGCAUUUGAGUUAAGUCAGAAGUACAAGGAGGGGAAGUUUAUCAUCGAAUUAUCUCACAUGAUUAAAGAUAAUGGCUGGGACUAAAGCCUUAAGUCUUUGCUAUAACUUGCUGUCACCGCCUGCAGCUUCUCCAAGAACAGCAUGAGAAAUGCUUCCUUUUACAUCAAUCUCCAUCUACGUUACUAUUGUGUGCAACUUUUCCCACACGGAUAUCCCAGUGCACCAGUUUUUCAGAAGAGGUGGGGUGUCUGGUCUGUACAAAUGUGUUUGGGGGGUGUGCUUUAAGCUUGUGUGUAAGGGAUGCUUUGGUGUGCUUGAGAAGCUGUGCCUGAAUUCUCAUCAACCACUUCAAUCCUGAUACAAAGAAUGAUUUAAUUUUGUUGGAAUUUUGACUUAAGCCCUCAAAUUCUCCUGAUUAAGUGCAGUUUAGAUUUUUUUGGACAAAAUUUGAUCAUAAUGUUAAGAUCCAAUGCAUUUUUAUUCAGUUAAUUUUUACUUUAAACAACGAGAAAUAUUUGUGUGAAAUUUUACCGUUUGUAAAUGAUGUGAGUUUUAUUGCGUUUGAGAACUUGGCUUGGAGAGGAUUAUGUGCAAUAUGAGAGUGUGUGUGUGUUUGCAUGGAAAGGAGAAUUAUUAAUGUCUCCAAAUUCAGUACCUUUUUUUUGUUAAAUUCAUCUUUUAAAUGACCAAGUCACAGAAAUCCCAACAAAUGAACAUCUGCUCAUAAGUGUUUGUGAGUGUGAGCGAAAAGCAACUGCUGGUUUAUUGGAGUUAGAGAUUGUCCAAAAUUGACUGACUUUAAGACACUUCAAUUACAGCUUAUGAAUUUAAGAUUUAAUUGGGAUAUUCAUUUUUAGGUUUUGUCUUGUUUCUUGCCUUUUGUCCAUGAGAAAUGUUGUAAAUAUAAUCUAAUAUUGAGCAGAAUGUACAGAGACAUUUAUCUGAUCAUGUUAGAGCAGACCUGCCAUGCAAAAUGUGUUUUUGAUUAUGUAGCAAAAUAUUUUUUGAAUGCUAAACCAUUAAAGUGUAUUACAUUAACCUGAUUUCUUUACAUUAAAGUAUGGGGUAAA